GCCCAGCUGGCCACGUGAGGGCCCUUUCCUCUUUCCGGGUAAAAAAAAAAGGAAAAGACUUUUUUGGUAGAAAAGUCCCUCUUGCUCCUUGGGAAUCCCCGGUGGCCGGAUGAACUACGUGAUAUCCCAGAGGAAGCUGAAGGCGGGGGCACUCCCCCUGCCCCCAGCACAAUGCAGCCCAGCUCUGCCAAACUGCACCAGCUGGCUUAUGGGGACUCCCAGAGGUCAUCUCGUCCAGGCCCCUGCUCCUGGCAGUCCUACAGGGAGCCUCUGCAGCCUCCCUAAGGGUCAGUAGCAAGUCUGAUGAGCACCAGUCUGGAAUCCAGGGCCAGCCCUUUGUGAGAUGGCAUGAAAGCAGAGAGGAAACAAAACAAGACCGAAGGCAUAGGAUGCAAAGGUUGACCGAAGACUCAGGCGAGGGGGAAAUGACAUGUUGGGAAAUCCAAGCCCCUUUGGUUUUUGCUCCCCAUGCCCUUGUCUCCGGCAGGUCAGUGCCCCGGACGCCCAGGCCCAGUUGGGCCAUGGCGCUGUGCCUGAAGCAGGUAUUCUCCAAGGACAAGACAUUCCGGCCCCGGAAGCGCUUCGAGCCCGGCACACAGCGCUUUGAGCUGUACAAGAAGGCGCAGGCAUCGCUCAAGUCGGGCCUGGACCUGCGCAGUGUUGUGAGGCUGCCACCUGGUGAGAGCAUCCACGACUGGAUCGCAGUGCACGUGGUGGACUUCUUCAACCGCAUCAACCUCAUCUACGGCACUAUGGCCGAGCGCUGUAGUGAGACCAGCUGCCCGGUCAUGGCAGGCGGGCCCCGCUACGAGUACCGCUGGCAGGAUGAGCGCCAGUACCGACGACCGGCCAAGCUGUCAGCGCCGCGCUAUAUGGCGCUGCUCAUGGACUGGAUCGAAGGCCUCAUCAACGAUGAGGAUGUCUUUCCCACGCGCGUUGGAGUUCCCUUCCCUAAGAACUUCCAGCAGGUGUGCACCAAGAUCCUGACCCGCCUCUUCCGCGUCUUUGUCCAUGUCUACAUCCACCACUUCGACAGCAUCCUCAGCAUGGGGGCCGAGGCACAUGUCAACACCUGCUACAAGCACUUCUACUACUUCAUCCAAGAGUUCAGCCUGGUGGACCAGCGGGAACUGGAGCCGCUGGAUCUUGAAGGCCCUCCACUUUGCUGCCCUUUCUUCUGGCUCACCAGAGGAGGCCCCAGUCCAGCAUUCUAAAAGAUGGCUUUGCUUGCACACCUCUUAUGACAGGUCACUUACUCCUCCUCAGUCAUUGGACAGCUCAGACUGUUAGACAGUUCAGCCUCUGGACUCAUGGUUAUUUUGAAACACCAUGGCAGUAAGGAUCAAUUUAUCUCAGAGUUGUGUAGUCCAGGGCCUACACCUUACAUGGGAAUGUCUGUGAAUACAUCAGGAAGGCUUCAUAAAACUGCUUUGAAAGAUUCCGAGAGGGAUGCUUAGAAAAGAAUAGACAGAGGUAGAGAGAAAGAAAGGGAGAAAAGAGAGAGCUGAGGCCUCAGAGAUACAGAGCAGAGUCCCCCACAGGUCAAAACCUGGCAGGAGAGGGUCCUGGGAAAGGCAAUGUACUGAGGGUAGAGGGGCAGCAUGGUUGGGCAGCCAGGCUGGGGAAGGCAUUAUUUUCCUGUUGGCUAAGAUCUGUAGAAAUCCUUGGAGCAGGAAUGAGUGUUCCGUUCUCCCCACCCUGGGGCAGAGCAUCCAUCUGUUGAGUAAAGAAUGCCCCACCACCCUUGACCCCAAAGAACACUGCAGCCUCCUCAUGGAGGUUUUCUGCUGCAAUAUUUUCAUACCCCACUCUACCC